UGCAGUAUUUAGCCUCCCGCCGUAGUACGGUCACACUGCUCGAGCGGGGAGACUUUUCCGUGGAAAAAUGUUAUUAAUUAGCCAGACGAACCAGUCCAAAUGCUUUGCCCGCCAGCACUAGAGAGCAAAACAUGUCCCCGCCUCGUCUCCACAGCUCAUCACGGAUCACAGCCCACACGCACGUCCAGAUUCCAGAGGAGCAGCAUCUCGUCUUUGGCAGCGGAGGUUGGAGCAAAAGCCCCUGGAGAUACAACUAGCCAUGGAGCAGUCUGUGUCCGCCCGCUGGCUGAAGCGCUAUCGCGCAUUCUUCCUCAUCCUGCUGCUUAUCGUGGCCAUCCAGUUGUUCCUGGCCUACAAGUCCCUGGACAUCGUAGGCGGCGGUUCCGGUUCCGGAUUUGAUGCGGCUGAAGCGCCUGCCAGUCCUCCGCCUCCGCAUGCUCAGGCACGGGUCCAACCGCCCGCCAGGACCAAGCUUACUGCCCAGCAACUGGGCUUCCAGCCAGAGUGCGACAUUCUCGCCAGAGAGGCCAUCUCCGCCCUGCAGCGCGCCAAAACGAAAGACUGUCGAGAACAUAUCGCGCAGAUCGCCUGCGCAAUCCAAGCCGGACGCUUCUAUGCGCCGCAGCUCCGGAGCAGCUGUCCAGCUGGUAAUCACACGGCGAACGUUUCUUUGGGAUGCUUCAAGGAUGAGAAAGAUCGCCGCCUUCUGGCCGGCUACUACAGCAGCUCCAAGACCUCCAAUUCUCCGGCCAAAUGCGUGGAGCUAUGUCUGCAAAGCGGUUACCCGUACGCAGGGGUGCAGUACGGUCGCGAGUGCUUCUGCGGUUACGACCCGCCUCCUAAAGCGUCGAAGCUGCCGGACUCCAGUUGCAACACCAAGUGCCUGGGCAACGCCAAGGAAAUCUGCGGCGGAUUCUAUGCCAUGAACAUAUACGAGACCGGAAUAGCCAAGUUCACCGCUCAACUGGCGGCCACCACUCCUUCGGAGGAAACGAAGCGCGUGCGGAUCGCAUUUCUGCUGACGCUCAACGGAAGAGCGCUGCGUCAGGUGCACCGACUUCUGAAGGCGCUCUAUGCACCGGAGCACGUUUACUACAUCCAUGUGGACGAGCGCCAAGAUUACCUGUACCGAAAGCUGCUGGAGUUGGAGUCAAAGUUCCCCAACAUACGUUUGGCUCGGAAGCGAUUCUCCACCAUAUGGGGUGGAGCCUCUCUCCUGACCAUGCUGCUCCAGUGCAUGGAGGACCUACUGCAGUCCAACUGGCACUGGGACUUUGUGAUCAACCUUAGCGAAAGUGAUUUUCCAGUGAAGACCCUCGACAAGUUGGUGGAUUUCUUGAGCGCCAAUCCUGGCAGGAACUUUGUUAAGGGCCACGGCCGGGAGACACAGAAGUUCAUCCAGAAGCAGGGCUUGGACAAGACGUUCGUCGAGUGCGACACGCACAUGUGGAGAAUAGGAGAUCGGAAGUUGCCAGCUGGCAUUCAAGUGGACGGAGGCAGUGACUGGGUGGCGCUAUCACGACCUUUUGUGGGCUAUGUUACUCAUCCCAGGGAAGACGAUGAGUUGUUGCAGGCUCUUCUAAAGCUCUUCCGACACACGCUCCUGCCGGCGGAAUCGUUUUUCCACACGGUCCUCAGGAAUACCAAGCAUUGCACGAGCUAUGUGGACAACAACCUGCACGUCACCAACUGGAAGCGGAAGCAGGGUUGCAAAUGCCAGUACAAGCAUGUGGUGGAUUGGUGCGGAUGCAGUCCAAACGACUUUAAGCCAGAAGAUUGGCCCAGGCUGCAGGCCACGGAGCAGAAAUCACUGUUCUUCGCCCGCAAGUUUGAGCCCGUUAUCAACCAGGCGGUGCUGCUCCAGCUGGAGGAGUGGCUCUACGGGCCAUACACCAGCGAAUACGCCAAUCUGCACGGCUACUGGCAGUCGCUGUAUCACCACGAGGAUGUCCAUGGAUCAGGAGACGACUUGGCCAGAAGCAUUGGAGAUAGCGUAAUGCGUCUGUCUGCGCGUCAAGCGAAAUUGUAUCCCCUGGAGUUGAUUGAACUCACUCACUACCUCCACCGGGACCAGUACAAGGGGUUCCUGGUGCGCUACAGAGCCAGAGGAUCUACUGGAAAGCCGCUGCACUUGGAGACGAGAGUGCGACCGACGCAGCAAGGAAAGCUGGCGAGGAAUGCUCGCUUCAGCAAGCGAUUACGCAACUUUGAGGUCUCUACAGAUUUCGAUCAAAAGGAGCAGAUUGCCCGCAACUUUGGAAAGCUCUUGGGUCCCCAAAGUGACUUGCUUUUGAGCUACACACUCCAAGCAAACGCAGAUUCGGGCGCCGCUUCCCAUUCGUACAACCUCACCCUGCUGUGGAUAGAUCCGCUGGGCCGAUUGCAAGAUUUUAAUGAAUUGCAUGUUGAGGAUUCCACCAGCGAUGUGAUAAACCACUCGAAAACCCUGCUCAAACACCCGAUCACACCGGGCAUCUGGACAGCCAAGUUAAUAGGCCGCAAUUCGAUCUAUGCGCAGUUGAAAUUCCUAAUAGCUCCACUGGCCUACUACAAGGGCUAUCCGCUAGCAAAGUCCUCAGAUGCUGAGGCGCUAAACGCCGGCUUGACUGUAGCUCUGCCUGAAGAUUUUGAGAUGCCCGUGGAGUGGCAGCAGCACCUUCAAACCGACGACGAGCAGUUCACCAUGCGCGAGGAGUCCCUGGCCAAAGGGAAAAUGCUGGGACAGGAGCUGCACAGCUGGAUUGACGGAUUGGUGGGCCAAUUCUUUCAACUGCGUGAGAGCUGCGUGGUGGAGGCGGACAGCGAGGUUUCCCUGCCGCUGUGCAGCGAUGCGCCCUGGAGCUCACUGGCACCCGACCCCAAGAGCGAUGUGGAUGCCCUGCUCAAAUGAGCCAUUGCCAUGCAUUAAUUUGUUAUUAAUUCUCUAGUGUAAAUACUCGCCAAGAUUUAGAUGUCGAACCGCAAUUAACGAUUUUUUGAUAGCUCCUUUUUCUUCUCGAUGUUUUCGUAUAGAUUGUUGUGAUAAUGUGAACUUUUAAGCGCCAUUUUGACCGGAAGCGGAACUCCGCCGCUCCAAUUGUAUUUGAUUUUCAUAUCAAUAGAGCAUAGUAGCACUUUGGAACUAGUUAAGUUAGUUAGGUUGAACGCCUUGUAAAUACGCCACGCACUGGACACCAAAAGAUCGCAUUGCAGCCAAAUAUCGUGGAGGUAAUCGAGAGUUAACUGUACAUAAGGUUAGCUAGAUGAAAUUCCUUAACUAAGUCAUAAGCUAGGGCACCACCAGAUAGCAAUUGAAUCAGUUGUAUGUAUUCACAAGUUUCUUCGAUUUUUUGAUUCACAUAUCAAGUUAUCCAAAAUAAAUGAGCAAUUCUACGUGUACU